UCUUCUUCUGCCCCCAGUUCAGCCUCAGUGCCAUGGAUGAGAGCAACAGGACCCUCUCUGGGGACUUCACCCUGGCAGGCCUCUUCCCUCACAGCAGUGCCGCUGGGCUCCUGUUCAGCAUCAUCUGUGCCAUCUUCUUCUCGGCCAUGCUGGCCAAUGGGGUCAUGGUCUUCCUGAUCCACGUGGACCCCCAGCUCCACACCCCCAUGUACUUCCUGCUCAGCCACCUGUCUGUCCUUGACAUGAUGUACAUCUGUACCAUCGUGCCCAAGAUGCUGGUGGACCACCUGCUGGGCCGGGGCACCAUCUCCUUCGUGUCCUGUACGGCCCAGUACUUCUUGUACAUGGGCUUCGUGGGGGCCGAGUUCUUCCUCCUGGGGCUCAUGGCCUAUGACCGCUACGUGGCCAUCUGCAACCCACUAAGAUACCCUGUCCUCAUGAGCCGCCGGGUCUGCUGGCUCAUCCUGGCCAGCUCAUGGUCUGGUGGGGCUCUGGACAGCUUCCUCCUCACGCCCCUCACCAUGAGGCUCCCCUUCUGUGCCUCGCACAAGAUCAACCACUUCUUCUGUGAGGCGCCCACCAUGCUGAGGCUGGCCUGCGGGGACAAAGCCGCCUAUGAGAUGGUGAUGUACGUGUGCUGCGUCGCGAUGCUGCUGCUCCCCUUCUCCGUGGUGGUAGCAUCCUAUGCCCGGAUCCUGCUCACUGUGCGCCGGCUCAGCUCCGUGGAGGGCCAGAGGAAGGCCUUGGGCACCUGCACUUCACACCUGGUGGUGGUGACGCUCUUCUAUGGGGCCGCCCUGUACACGUAUAUGCUGCCACCAUCUUACCACACCCCAGCACAGGACAAGGUCUUCUCCGCCUUCUACACCAUCCUCACCCCCCUGUUAAACCCACUCAUCUAUAGUCUGCGCAACAGGGACGUGGCAGGGGCCUUCAAGAGGGUUGUGGCAAGACACCGAGGGGCCUGUGGUGUUGCAAAGAAAGAAUUCUAGAACUGCACCUGUUCCACAGCUCAUUCUAGUACAGCGCCACUGGUGCUGCGGCAGCUACCACACCAGAUGUGUCAAAGCAGGCUCAGCCAUGCUUCCAUUUUGGCUUCCACACUCAAGCAGUGCCAGAGCCCUGCACACACGACUUGGCUUUGUUCCUCCUUUGUUUCCACUGGUUCCAAUUCUUCUUUCAUCUCAGCUCUGAUCGCAUUUCGUGGUUACCACUGUCCCUAAAUGCCUGGCUACUGUUUCAUACUCAGCCCGUCUUCAAUGUCCUCUUAAGACCGGUGACUUUGGCUACAGGAUUUAAAUGGCCAGUUUGUGGAACCGAUGGAAUAUUUGGGGAUUCUGACAUCUGAAGCACUGUUAAACCUCAACAGGGGAAGGGCAUUUGGCUUAGCAGCUAAGACAAUGAUUAGGAUUCCCGUGUUCCAUUUUGGAUGUCGAUGUUCAAUACCUGGCUCUGGUUUCUGACUCCAGCUUCCUGCUAAUGCAGUCCAGAGGGACAGCAGUGAUGGCCCAAGCAUUUAGAUCCCUACCACCCAUGUGGUAUAGACCCAGAUGGAGUCCUUGGCUCAUGACUUCAGUCAGGGAUAGGUUGUAGGCGUCCGCGGGGUGAACCAGCAGAUCAGUGUUCUCUCUCUCUAUGCCUCUUGAAUAAUAAAACAAAAACAAAAACAAACGAAAGACUUCAAAGGAAAUACUUACAUAAAGAAACAGAUUUAGAAAAUCCAAAUAGCCCUUUCUUUGACUAGCAACUGGAAAAAAAGUAUUUUCUAAAUCUGCACAUGGGAAAAAUGACUCAUGAGUUUUUGUAGAAAUGCAAAACCAGGGUUCUACUAUGUUG